AUGUCCCCUAAAGAUUUCGAUCCCCGCGCGGUCGAAGAGCCCCAUGUCCUCCAUGUCGAGGCCGCCGACCCCAAUGGCCCGUCCAAAGACGUAGGGCAAGGCGACGGUGCGGUGGACUUCUCCGAGAGGUCGGAGAUGAAGCAGGGGCUGAAGAGCCGCCAUAUUCAAAUGAUUGCCCUCGCGGGCGCCAUUGGCACGGGUCUCUUUCUUGGAUCUGGUCGGGCGCUUGCCAUCUCGGGGCCUCUGGGGGCGCUGCUCAGCUUCAGCAUGACCGGGGGGCUGGCCGCUGGGGUAGUGUUCAGCAUGGCCGAAAUGGCCGCCCUGGUUCCUAUUUCCGGAGGCAUUGUGCGCUAUGCUCAGCUGUUUGUCGACCCUUCACUGUCUUUUGCCAAUGGCUGGAACCUGGUGUACAAGGGGCUUAUAUUUAUUCCCACGGAGAUCGUCGCUGCGUCUGUAUUGAUGCAGUUCUGGACUGAUCUGAACAGUGCAAUCUGGAUUACAGUGUUUGGCCUGUUAAUGGCCCUUUGCAACUGUCUUUUCAUCGGGUUCUACGGCGAGCUCGAGUUUGGAUUUGCCAUUCUCAAGAUUAUCCUGAUUUUUAUGGUCAAUAUCAUGGCUAUUGUCAUUAUCUCUGGCGGUGCGCCUCAAGGGGAGGUCAUCGGUUUCAAGUACUGGCAUAAUCCAGGCCCAUUUGUCCAAUACUUAGACAUCGAAGGAUCUCUAGGACGGUUCCUAGGGUUUUGGUCCGCCUUCACCAACGCCAUUUACGCAUAUUCAGGAGUAGACAACGUGGCGCUGGCGGCGGCGGAGACGAAAAACGCCCGCGAGGCCAUCCCCAAGGCAGCCAAAAAGACGUUCUGGCGGAUCGUGAUCUUCUACGUGAUCACGAUCUUCCUGAUCGGCAUGCUGGUCCCGUCCAACAACGAUCGUCUUCUCGGCGACUCCGGCACCGCAGCCUCCCCGUUCGUCAUCGCGGCCAACCUCGCGGGCAUCCAGGGCGUGCCGCACUUCAUCAAUGCGGUCGUGGUAACGUCGGCCUGGUCCUCAGGCAACGCCGGGUACAUGACCUACGUACGAUAUCUGUUCGGGCUGGCCAAGUACGGGCACGCGCCGCGCAUCUUCCUCCGACUGAACCGCUUCGGCAUCCCCUACGUCGCGGUGCUGCUCUUUGCCGUCUUCAUGGCCCUCGGGUACAUGACGACGUCGAGCGGUGCGGCGGAGGUCUUCACUUGGCUACAGGAUCUCUUGUCCAUAGCGAUCCUGGUGAACUGGAUCGUCAUCACGCUGACCUAUCUGCGGUUCUACUACGGGUGUCGCAAGCAGGGGAUUCCUCGGGCACAGCUCCCCUACCGGGCCCCGUUUCAGCCGUACUUUGCAUGGCUGUGUCUCGUCUUCUUUUCUCUGAUUCUGCUGACCUCGGGAUGGCCGGCAUUUUUGAAGAAUUCAUGGGACACAAGGACGUUUGUGUCGGCGUACGCUAACGCGCCGUUCGUGCUGCUGCUGUAUGCCGGGCAUAAGUGGGUGAAGAAGACGAGGCUUAUUCGGUUGGAGGAGAUACCGAUCCGAUCGUUGAUUGACAUUGCGGAUCAGGAAGAGCCGUCUCCUCUGCCGGUUAAGAAGGGAUGGCGAAAGCUGAAUUUUUUGUGGUAG